GGAGGGAGGCGGCCGGAGCAAGAUGGCGGCGCGAGUGCUGCUGCGGCGGAGCCUGGCGGGAGCCAGCGCCGUGCCGGGUCUCCCGCCCGGCGGCGGCCUGGCCCUCAGGGGGCUGGUAUCUUCAGCUAGCAGACCUCGUGAAGACAGUUGGUUAAAAUCGCUAUUUGUUCGCAAAGUCGAUCCAAGGAAAGAUGCUCACUCCAACCUUCUAGCCAAAAGAGAGACCAGCAGUCUGUAUAAACUACAGAUUCACAAUGUAAAACCAGAAUGUCUAGAGGCCUACAACAAGCUUUGUCAAGAGGUGCUGCCAAAGAUUCAUGAAGAAAAACACUACCCAUGUGCACUGGUGGGGACUUGGAACACGUGGUACGGAGAGCAAGAUCAGGCUGUUCAUCUGUGGAGAUAUGAGGGAGGCUAUCCAGCUCUCAAUGAGGUCAUGAGUAAACUCCGUCAAAAUAAGGAAUUCACAGAGUUUCGCAAAGAAAGAGGUAACAUGCUUCUCUCGCGCAAGAACCAAUUAUUGCUGGAGUUUAGUUUCUGGAAUGAACCUGUUCCCAGAGAGGGGCCUAAUAUUUAUGAACUGAGAUCCUAUCAACUUAGACCCGGAACAAUGAUUGAGUGGGGAAAUUACUGGGCUCGUGCAAUUCGUUUCCGACAGGAUAACAAUGAAGCAGUUGGAGGAUUUUUCUCGCAAAUUGGACAGCUAUAUAUGGUUCAUCACCUUUGGGCUUACAAAGAUCUCCAAACCAGAGAAGAUAUAAGGAAUGCUGCGUGGCAUAAACCUGGCUGGGAUGAACUAGUCUAUUACACAGUGCCCCUUAUUCAGGAAAUGGAGUCCAGAAUCAUGAUACCAUUGAAGAUUUCUCCGCUUCAGUAAAGUCACUGAUUUACUUGUGCCUACAUAGAUAAAGUGACAAGUAUUUGUCUUAAAUUAAUUUAUGGUAUACAUUGUAUAUCAUAGUCUGAAAUAUAAAAGUACUGUAUUGAGCUUAUAAAAGAGACCUCUUUUCUUCAGAAUCUAAUGACCUUUUGCUCUUAGGAUUGUACCAGGAAAAAAAGAAAUAUAGGACUGUAAUUAAAAGGUUGGUUAAUUGAAAACAAGUACAAAGACAUAUAUGAGUUCAUCCAUGAGACAGCUCCUCAGGUUAAGUAUGGCAUACAGUAUUUAAUAUCUUUUGCUACAUAGACAAUGCCCAGUGUUCAGUAACAGCAUCAGAAUGGAGCGUUACAGGUGCUGUGGCCUUUGUGUAGUGUUAUAAUGACUGCAGAUUUUAAAAACAAAUGGGGGAGUUCUGAAAUUAGAAGCUCUGAAGCCCUCAGACAGCUCUGAAAUACACCUAGCUGUUCUAGCAGGCCUCAAAUCAGUAAGUGGCUCUUAAUUUACAAGUAGGAGGUCAUUAAUUGAGAAUAAUACUGUUUGUCAGGUGAUAGCUUAUGGACAGAGAAUAGGGCAUUCUCUUUUGCAAGGACUCUGAAGCCUGUGGAAACUAAUCGCACAUUUGUGUAGAUAUCUACACCUGAAAUUAACUUUGUGAUGUAUGACCUACGGUUUUCAAAGAGAUGCUGACAAGACAUGGUUGUCUGAACAUUCUGCAGGGAAUCAAGUUCAGUUAAAUACAUUUAUCUCUACAAAUGGCCUGGAAGUCUAGGAAAAGGGGUUUAAUUUAAUAAGCAAUCAUGACUUCAGACAUAUGCUUGGUCGGGUGUUUCACUAACUGUACAGUAGGUACUUAUGAAUUGAUGUGUGAAACGCGCAUGUUGAGUCAAUAGGAUUGGCAUAAAGCAGUGUACCAUUAUGUCCAGUUCUAUUUUGGUUUCACUUUUAGACUAGAAUGUAUCAACACUUUUGGUGUCUGCAAUGAUGUGAACAUCCUGUAAGUGAAAAUAAUACUCUCUCUUUAAAGUGGCUACAAGAAUCAGUGUAACAUACAGAAUGUACAAAUCAGUUACUGAAUGUCCAGUUUGUACAUUUCAAUGAGUUUUCAGGAAGAACAUAUCAGUCAAUAAAAUCCUUUUAAUUUUCA